CCCCACUGGUCAUGGGCCACUGCUUUGGACUUUAUUUAUUUUCACCUUUGAUGCUUGAAAUAAAGACUAGGUAAGUUCAGUGACUACUAAAGCCUCUGAAUGAUGGGAACUCAAGGCAUUGGGUUAAAUCUGAACAUAUUAUUUGUUAAAGAACUAAUUAGCUGAGUUUAAUUGAGUAUACUUUAUUAUGAAUCUUUUAUACCAGAAUGAGACACUUAAAAAUUGAAAUUUUACUCUUGUCAAUUAUGUCCAUCUUAUAGGUUCCUCAGCCUUAGUUAGACUUGAACCUAGAAACAAGGACAUAGGAGAAAGUAGCACAACACAGAGCCAACACUUCUAGUUUUAAACUAAUAUCCCCCCCAACAGGAAGUGCUAGCUGCAACCCGGAAGUCAUUCUGGCGACUUCCCGGAAGCUAUAAACGGACACGCUCGGGCAAAAAAACUCCUACUUCCGGUGGCGCGUGGAAAGUAAGCAAGAAGGAACGUGGCGGAAGCUGAUAGGGAAGAAAGCACCUGCUAGUGGUGCCUAGGAAUAAGCGCACCGGAGACGGAUCCAGUAGCCUCGACGGAAGCUCCCAGAAGCCGGAAGUACGUCACAAGGUUGGGCUCAGACUAAUACACUAGCGGCGGGGGUAGGGGGAAGUUGACAACGGGGAAGCGACUGAGGCACUGGGUUUUCCUCGUCGUUAUGUCCCGACUGCCUCAGGGGGCAGCUCAGAGCGAGGACAGGAAGGGCGAGGGGCACGAGGGGUCUGGAGCUUCCGCCGCCUUGCCCUGGUGAGUAGCGGGCUUCGCAGCUCCCUCAGGUCUGCCUUGUUGGGGGGGGGCGGGCGGCGGGUUAGAGCGCUUGGAAGUAUCGGGUUCCGGAGCCUUUCGGCGGGGGAGGGGAUGCCCGCGGCGGAGACGUGAAACUGAGGAGGGGAAACAAAGCCUUUGUUGCCGCGACGUCGUUGUCUGGCCCUCGCGCUGUAACUACCACAGCGCCGCGUAGCGUUGGGUUCUGGCACUGCGCGCUCUUGGAUGCCCCCUGGCGGCUUCUUGCGCUUAAAACAGCUGAAGCAGGAAACCCGCCGCUCUUCCGCUUGCCUCGGUGAAAGCGCGACCAGCCUUUUUGGGUGGUUUCCCCCAGGUAAGAGUUACGGGGAAGAUUCUUGUCCUUCGCCACCAGACAGAAAGAGAGAGAGAGAAUGAAUGAAUGAAUGCGUGUGAGGCAGUAACAAGGCAUCACAGGCUGUCAACCAAAAUUGUGCCCUGCCCCAGCUCUGCUGGUAGUGGUUAAGCAAAAUAAUAGUGGAUAAAAAUUUUAUCUUGACUUCAGUGGUGUCAUAAAACAGGAGACUAGCCUCUGAAUCUGGUUUCAUUACCUUGCUCUGAUUUCUUGUUUUGUUACACUGUUUCUAUACCGCUUAAUAGAUAGAACGUAUCUCUAAGCAGUAUACACAAGAAGACUGAAAUAACAUUUUUUAAAAAAAACAAACUAUACUUAAUUACAAAAAUACAGUUGCCAUAUAACUGGUAGCAUAUCCACUGAGUCCUCUGGUCAGGAGGUGCUGUUGCUGGAUGCCAGAUCAGUCCAUAAUAAAACCAUAAUAAAACAAUUUGAUUGGGGAUGAGCGGGCUCAUCUGGCUUGCAUUACCAAGACUUGGGUGAGUGAGUUGUGUGGACUGGACCUUACCCAGCUCUGUCCACCUGGAUUUUCAGUACUGCUCCAAGCAGACCAAGUAGGGGGUCAAGGUUGGGGGAGUUACCCUUGUCUAUAAGGACACCAUCUCCUUGACCAGGGAUGGCCAAGGAGAUGGUUGGUGUUGGGAUAGACAGAUUGGUGAUGCUGUUAGUCUACUGACUGCCCUGUUGCCCAGCAGUAUCUCUGAUGGGCUGGCUAAGGGUAGUCUCUGGGAUGUUGGAAGACCCUAAAAUGAUAAUUCAUGGUGACUUCAGUAUCCACAUGGAGGCUGCUGUCAGGCAAGCUCAAGACUUCAUGGCCUCUAUUGCAGCCAUGAAUCUCUCUUAGAUGGUUAUCGGUCCAACACACCAGGUAGGGCACACCUUUGAUGUGAUCUUUAUCCAAAUGAUAUGAGGGAUGGACUGAAGAUAGGGUGUGUGCAAUACACUCCACUGUCAUGGUCAUACCAUUAUAUGGUUAAGUUUGGACUGACAAUGGCAGUUCCCUGCCCUCCGUAAGGGUGGUGGGCCCAUUUGAAUACCCCACCCUUGGAGACUGAUGGAACGGGAUGUGUUCUGGAGUGCUCUGGGAGAUUUUCCAGUGGAGAAAGCUGGUGAUCCUAUUGAAGCCCUGGUUUCGCUAUGGAAUGGUGAGAUGAAAUGGUUGACACAGUGGCUCAUUUUGCAGCUCGUAUCGUGUCCUCUACUAGCUGCCCAGCUCACACAGUCUAGAGGUGACUAACUCCCUGUAUGGGGAAGGGACCUCUGGAACCCUUUGAGGCGAAAGUUGGUAAACUUUGGUGUGAUAUUGACUCUUCACUUGCUGCAGCUCUGGUUGUAGUACCCAGUGUUGCUAUUGAGGAUGUUUUGUGGGAUCAGUGUUACCUUAUGCAAUCAGUUGAUGUGGACAAGGUGCUGGUGGCAGUGCCUCUGACCUUGUGCCACCUCAACUCCUGUCCCUCCUGGUUUAUCAAAUCUACCAGAGGGGGAUGACUAGUUGGGUUCAGAGUGUGGUUAACACUUUGCUAUGUGAGGGGGUGGUUUUUUCUGCCUUGAAAGAGGCAGUGGUGCGAGUCACUCAUGUGACCACUCCUAACAAAACCAGCUCUGGCCCUUCCUUUCAGUGUUAGAAACUGGGAUAGAAAAGCUAGGAGCCAAAUGGCUUCUGGGACCUGGGUUAUAGGCGCCAAAACAGAAUGUCUAGUCAUCAUGGGGUGGGUGGGUUGGCAACACUUUUUAUUUAUUACUUUGAGAAGCAUGAAUUAAUACGCAAGUCACAUAAGUGACACAUUUUUAGCAGAAAAUGUGAACACAUGUUUAAUAUAGUGUUUACAAUAAAAAUAUUGGUACCAUACUUUUCAAAACACUCUAUACUCUUUAUUGUUAAACUCCUUAACUUAUUAUCUAUUCUUAACAUAUACUUUGAGGCUUCAAAGCAUAAACAUUUCAGUAAUCCUUGAGUGUCAGCCAGGUGCAAAAAAUGGCACCCAGACUUUUUGAGGUGCUUGCAAAUGGAAAACCUUUAGGCGCAAAAUGUUCCUGGCGCCCUGCUAAUUUCAAACCCUGAACUUCCUUUAGAUUGGGACAGCUAUCACCCAAUUGCCAAUUCCUGUUUUGGGGGGAAGGUGCAGAUCUGCACUGUUUGCCCAUUUGCUACUGGGUAAAGUUCAAGGUGUUACUGUUAGUAUAUAAAGUUCUUAACAACUUGAGACCAAUUUGCCUAUGAGAUCGCCUUGCUCUACAUGUGUUUACUUGACCACUUUGAUCCGUGGAAUUGGUACUACUACAGGUGACAAAUAAUACCCGUUUCACAUUUGUAAGGACUCUUUGGUGUGGCAGCGCCUACAUUUUUUAACUCCCUGCCUAUUGAGAUCAAGCAUGUGCCUUCACUAUGCUAUUUUCAGUGCCUGCUAAAAACAUUCCUGUUUUGACACACUUACUCAGAUGCUUAGAAAGCUGAAGUAAUUUUAAUUUGUUUUAGUAUGUUAACUUACAUUUUAAAAUAUCAUUGUAAUUUGUUCUUGAUUUGUGUUAUCGUUUGUAAUCUGCUUUGAGGUUGUUUUUAAUCAAGUGGUGUAUAGAUUGUAUUAAAUAAAUAAAUAAACGUUAGCCACCCCUCUACUCACACUUCUUUCUCCACAGUUCUGCCCCUUUCUCCUUCAGCUGCUUUAUUGCACCAUAGAGAGGGCUUGCUUUUAUGGAGAGGCACCAAGGGAGAUGGCAUUUCCUCGGCUGCCCACAGUUGUGCCCCAUUAAGCAGUCAGCUGCACUCUCCACACACAGCUUCAGGUUCAGAAGGUUUGGUGAGUUUCCCAGAGUCCCAAGGAUGGAAAAAGGACACCCCACCACCCCAGUUUUCUCUUCAGCCUCUUCCCCUUCUCCAGCUGCUUUCAUUCCAUUCUCUUCCUCUAGUAGUGCCUUGAAGAUAACAGGGGCUUCUCAAGUGUGCAAGAACAUUUUUUAAAAUAAUGACCUCCCAGUGUGUUUCAAGACAAGUUGUUCCUUAGGAGCACUUUUGAACAACUAGUUUGAACCUGUUAUCUACACACUGUUGCAAUUGACUGUUCAAGAGUGUCCCUGAGAAUAUAUUGGAUCCAUAAAUAGAUCUUGAACACUUGGAGGCGGUCUUCCUUCUUUUUCCUGCAAUUGGUACCUUCCUAUUUUUCUUUUCUGCCUCAAAAAUAAAUGGCAAACUGAAUGAGGCAGGUGAGCAUCUUUCUUUGGAAAGGGGAGCCCUUCCUUUCUGCACCUUUUAUUAGAGUGUGAAUGAGUGAAUCUGUUAGGCUUGGUGUCUUUUUCUCGACAGAUAUUUAUGUGCCUUCAGCAAGGGCACAGAAGGCAGAAAUUAUCCCAUCUCUAGUAAGGAGCACCUUUUAAUUUUUUUACCUGGCAUGUAGCUGUAUAAAGGCUUCCAUUGGAAAAAAAUCUGAUGACCUUCAACAGCUAAUUAGAGAGAAAGUGGUUCUCCUAGUGAUCAGUGAUGAAGCAUGCCAUGUUGUUAUGACUAUAAGCUAACAAAUAACACAAAUUACACUGGUUUUGCCUUCCAAAUUAGCCAAGAUGCUUUUCAGUUGGCUUUUCAGAUAAGCCUCUGAUAUGUUCAGUGUAGAUGUACCAUUCACAGUACAUAGUUUAAUGCGAAAUAAUAAUAGAGUAUGAGUGAUAGUUAUUUACGUGACGUUUUCCCCUUCAAGUGUUGCAGGUCAUAUAUACAAAGUAGUUCACACUACUGGUCUGGAUGGAAAAAACCUUCUGGAAUUGCUUCCACUUUCUAAACGUAUAGGAAACAUUGUGUCGUUGGUUCAGUCACCAGUCAUAUCUGAUGCUAAAGGGGAAGACUCCAUGUCUGGUCAUAGUCAUCUUAAGGACCUGUUCACAAAUAUAACUCCGUCUUCAUUUGUUAAAGCUCCUGAACUUAAUACAGCUACUCCUGGAAAAUUAAUUUUACCAAAGCCAUUGGAAGAAAUGGAAAAUAUGGAAGUAGCUCCUCUUGCAAAAGAGAACCCAACUACGCCAUCAACUUCUACCAUUCACAGCAGUUAUCAUUCAGCUGAUAAUUCCUGGGAAAAGGAUGCACACAAGAGCAGUGCAGAAUAUGUACCUGUGAAUAAAAAACUCCCAGUUACUGUGAAGAGUCCUGUAGUGCCCUCUGGACAUCACCUCCAAAUACCAGCGCACGCAGAAGUAAAAUCUGUCCCUGCUUCUUUUUUGCCUCCAACAAUUCAACAGAAGAUACUGGCCACAGCAGCCUCAAAUGCCUUUAGAACAUGUGAAGUUACAAACGCAUCAACUGUUAUAUAUGUGUCGCCAGUAAAUACAGUGAAAACACAUUCAAAACCAUUGCCAAUUUUAUGUCCACAGCCUGUCGGGGAAGUAUCAAAAUCUUUGGUGCUGACAAUGGCACAAACAGCAGCCAGUAGUUCUGCCCUGGCAACGUCUGAUAGCCUGGGAAACCAGUCAUCUCCUAUGAAGUGGGUUGUCGAAGAAAACCCACAAUCAGCAUCCUGCCUUGUUCCUGUAAAGUCGUCAAACAGCAUGGCAUCAAAUAUCUUAAAAACAUUGGUUAAUCCUGAAGAUGGAACAAACAACCCUGCCAGUAUUCUGCCUACUUGUUCGAACAACCUGAAUGAAAGCCAAGCAAAAAUGCCCUCGAUUAAUGAUAAUGCUCUGGUGAUGUUCAAUGGGAAGGUGUAUUUACUGACUAAGAAAGAGUCCACUGUGACAUCAGCAAGCAAAUGUGGCAGCCAAGUAUCACUCGGUGCUGAAACACAUUUCAGAAAAAAUGCAUUACCGUUCAUUAAUUCAGCUGCAGAUAGUACAAUAACCAACCAAGUUGUCAAUUUAGUAUUGUCGAAGAACAAAGGAAUUGCCCCUUAUGCAAAGGAUCCAAAAUCCAGUGAGAAUAUGAGACUUUUCCCACAGUCUGAAGUAAAGGAUUUUAAAGUUACGUCUCCAUCUCUCACACCACCACAUGGGAAUCUGCAAGUAAGCAGCACGAGCCAACCUGAGGCAGUGUCCACACCGGAAAGCAUCCUAGCUGGAGGAAAUGUUGCUAAAAUAUCAGUCACAAAAGAAAGGAUAAUGCAUUGCUUACAGAAAAUUAUUCCUCCAAAAGUACCUGCUGCUGCUUUAAAGCCACCUACAAGCCAUGGUACUUCUGAAGACCAAGAUCAAAAGGUAACUUUCUCACUAGAGUAAAUUGUACCAAUGGUACAAUUGUCUUUGAUUUGAAGUGUCAGUUGCCUUAAAUGAGUACUGUUACAUAAUUAUUUUGAUAGGGAGGAUUUUAAUAGGUUAUCUGACAAGUGAGAGUAAAAAAAAAAUGAAACUGGUUUUCAUUGCCUGCUGCCUCAAGUCUUUCACUGAAAAGAAAUAAAAUCUGAACCAUCAGCUGUUGUAAGGUUCUGUGUUUCUCCAGCAAAAAAUACUUUGUUGAUGUCUAUAGUAUUAGGAUACAGAAGCACUGAAAUAGAGCUACCAUGCAAGCUACCAAGCUGUUGGGGCUAGGUCUACUGCUUGCCCUGGACAAUUUUGAUAUUUAAUCCAAAGGGGCAAUGUUCUGGCAGUUCGGAAGGGGUCCUGUUUGUUUACUUGGGGCAGUAUUGAACUAAAUAAUUGUUCAAACACAAGGAUUAUGAUAGUGUAACAGGACUUCCACCCCUCUCCUCCCAGUACAUGUACCCUGCACUGUCCCCAGAUCUGUUCUGGAAGGUUGUGGAAACCACUAAAAUAUAUUUAAGAGGGGGAGCGCAUUCUGUUACAUUCAAUACAACCCCAUAGCUAUUUAUUAUUUAUACAUAUAUAUGUGGAAGGCAAUUCACAAAUACACCCCAAAGCAAUUUACAGUCAUAUCCUUAAAAAGAGCUAACAUAAUUUUUAAAAGCACACAAUAGACCUUUCCAUCUAGCUGGAAAACCUUGUCAAAACAAAAAUGUCUUCAUUUGUUUUCAAAAAGUACAAAUAGAUGCACUGGAGAAGGAAGUUAAAAAGAAGUUAGUUUUCCUUAAGCUACAAACCAGCAUUCACAAAUAGCAAGUGUCCAAGGCUAUCCAAUUCUAGGGCUAUCACUUACAGCAGGACUGGGGAACCUGUGGUCCUUCAGAUGUUGGACUGCCAUCAUUCCCUGAUGACUUGGCCAUGCUGGCUGGGUCUAUUAUGAGCUGGAGUCCAACACCACCUGGAGUGUCACUGGCAGCUGUUAAUGCAUUAAGCUUCAGUAUAUGUUCCUUUGUAAACUUUUUUGGCCACAGACAAUCUUCCAGGGGCCAUAUACCAGUGGCGGGCAGGUUCAGAGGUAAACUGAGUGGAGCCAGAAGCAAAAUGGGUUCAGUAACAGUUGUUACAGUAGUUACAGUCUCACCACAUAAAAGCCAGAGGUUUCUACAUGCAAACAUUUCUCCAUCCAGGUGAGCAGUAGGCAUUAUCAUUGCUCAAUUACAUGUUCCUGCCAGACAAAACCACUCAUGAAGGCUAUGGAACAGGGCUAGUAAGGGGUCUGGCUUGAAGAGGAGCAUGACUUGGGAGAGUCCAGAGUGCUGGAUUGAGAGUCCUGGAGCCCCCCCAAAAUUAAAGCUUUGUGUACAAUACCCUUAAUCAUUGUGAUGUUCUGGCAAGCUUAUAUAAUGAACAUUUAUUAUUUCAGAUGGAGAGGAUACUUGCAGGUGUGGCUGCUCAGAUCAAACAAAGGAAACAGAGAAAACUCUGUCUUGAGUUGAGAAAAAAAUUUGGCCUGCAUAGAGAAGAGAGAGUAUAUCUGCAGAGAAUUCCUUUAUCAGUUAUUCUCAGAAAAUCAGAAGUGACUGUGUGUUCCAGCAAUGUACACAUGAGUGACUCUUGCAAAUUGCCACCGGAAGUACCUAUUAAAUCUGGACCUGAGGAAGAGGAAGAGGUAUCUGAAAUGUUUAUGUGUCUCACCAUACCAUUUUGUUGUUUGAAUUAUUUUCAUAUUCAUCGGUAUUGUUACUCAGUCAUUGAAGCUUCUUUCAAUGAUUGGCUGAGCUAUUGUUAUGUCGCAGUGUUUUCAAAAUAUUCUAACUGCUGAGCAAGCAGACCAACUUCUGCUUGGUUUGGAAUAAACUAAUGAGCCAUGUGGACACGUAGUAAAGCAGAGAAAAAUAAAUGGAGAAGGGAGAAUGAGUAUGCUGUGUACAAAAAGAAAAAGAGGAUCCCGGGAGGAUGGGUGGAGUAAAUUGGGAGAGGGAAAACAAGUCCAAGAAAGGUAGAGAAAAUGAGAAAAGGUAUUGUGAAAAAUCUUCAUGAGGCCCUAGCACUCAAAAGUAAUUUCUAUGAUUAUGUUACCUUGGGAAAUAUUUUGACAUAUAUUUAAAAGCUACAGCUGGUGCAAAAUGCAGCAGCUAGGUUGUUGAUUACGGCACUCCAUCAACACCAUAGAAAAUAUCGGUUGAGGGAGCUGCACAGGCUGCCAAUAUGCUAAUAAGCGCGGUUCAAGGUUUUGUUGUUAGCAUUUAAAGCCUUAAACAAUUUGGGACCAGGGUAUCUAAGGGAUCAGGGUAUCUAAGGGACCACCUUGCCCCAGAAAUGUGCUUUUUUACAGGCGGUGACAAUUUUGUGCGGGGUAUUCUGUUCACAGCCCCCACAUGCAUCAGCAGAGCACAUAUAAGCGCUUCGUACCCCGCCAGGUACAUAAGGACCCGCAUGUCGGCGAUCACACAUCAGCAGGACAUGCCUAAAAUGGUCAUUACAUUUACUAGAAACUGGACUUUUAGUGUUUUGGUUUCAACCCUCUGAAAUCAGUUACUAGCUGAAAUUAGACAGCCUAGUGUCAUGAUGUUUACAGUGGUACCUCAGGUUAAGUACUUAAUUCGUUCUGGAGGUCCGUUCUUAACCUGAAACUGUUCUUAACCUGAAGCACCACUUUAGCUAAUGGGGCCUCCUGCUGCUGCUGCGUCGCCGGAGCACACUUUCUGUUCUCAUCCUGAAGCAAAGUUCUUAACCUGAAGCACUAUUUCUGGGUUAGCAGAGUCUGUAACCUGAAGCAUAUGUAACCUGAAGUGUAUGUAACCUGAGGUACCACUGUAGUUGCCUACUUAAAUCAUUUUUAAGAAGCCUUUCUCUGAAGUCACUGGUUGAACAAUAGUGUAUCUGAAUAAAUAGCUUUAUUGUUUUUAAAUUUUUGGAAAUAUUUUAGAAGAAAUGGCUUUAAUGUUUUAGAAUUUGUAGAGAUUGUAUUGUUAUUUUUGGGAAUGAUUUGUUUUUAGAGCUCAUGUUUUAUUCUGGUUUUUAUAUUGCACACUACUUGGAUGGCUUUAUGCUAUGAAGUGGUUUAUGAAUUUGUUAAUAAAUAAAAUAAAAUAAAAUAUAAAACAAAACAAAACAAAACAAAACCCCCAAAUUGGUAAAUGUUCAGUAGAUUUUAGGAAUGUAGGUCAGAAUUUUAGGAAAAUCCAGCCCAGUAUUGUCCAGGGAUUGGUUGGGAUUUUUUGCGUGCUCUACCUCUGAGCCGCAGUCCCUCCUGAGUAGGGCAUAUUCCAUGAUGCUAGGUGGAUAUUUUCAUACAAACCUAACCCACUCCUUUUCCAUUGAUACUGAAAACUUUCAUUGGCUAUACUGUAGAGGUAUAUACAAUCCCAAGGCAUGGAAUACAUUGGUGGUAGUUAAGCAAUUAGAAUAGUUCAAGUCAUAAAAUAGCUUUGUGGACUAUAUAUUUUAUUUUUUUGAAUUAUUAUAAUGUCGCAAUAAUAUAGUAUUACCUAAUAUUCUUCUCUCCCCCACCCCUUACAGAUAACUGAGGAACAGGAGGAAGAGUUGAAUAUAAAGAGGAAGGCAAAAAUGCUACCAAUACAAGAAAAUACAAAGAAGCAGAAAACAGAAAUACAAUCUAUACCAAAGCCAAAUUUGAAAUGUGGCAACUCUGACUCAGUAGUGGAUAACCCGAGUAGCUCUUACACACAACCUGUAUCAGAGCAAGGAAAUCCUACAAGCAUUCUGCAGUUCUCUCAAAAGGUGGACCCUCACUCAAAUCUAUGUGUUCAAAGUAAUGAAGAGAACAAAAUUUCAACCUCUGCUUUACACUACAGUGAACAUGAAACUCCUUUAAGCAGAGAUUUUUCAUUUAACCCUCCAGAUCUGGAAGAAACAAUAAGAGAUGAAAAAAUAGCAAAGCUUAAACUCAUGCUGAGGGAACGAGAGGCAGCACUAGAGGAAAUUCGUAAAAAAAUGCAGCAGACGUGACAAGCCUAGUCCUUACUUAGCCCCAAAUUUUGCUGCAACCCCUUUGCAACUUAAUGUUAUUUCUUGUUUCUUGCAUAUAAAGCGAAUAAAAAAUCUAGUUUUUUAUGUUUACAUAUUGAGUGCAAGUAUAAACAUUUUCAAGCCUAGGAACUUAUGUAGCAGAGUAUUGUUUGCAGAAUGUGAUACUUGUUAGUUCAAUAUAUUCUCUCAUUAUUUCAGUAAAUGCAGUUUAUAUUCUUGUUGUUUAUUGAGGUUUCAUAGAAUGAAAUGUAAAUGAUUUUUUUUCAGUUUUACGUUAAAAGGAACAGCUUAAGUUUGUUUCGGAAAAAUGAAAUUUGUUCUAGAAAAAUUGCUAGUAUUAACUUAUUUGAAUUGGGUACUCGGAAUCAAAUGUCAAUGAAUGGGGUAACAGUAUUGAAUUUGUCAAGUUUCUUUAGUGAUAAAACAGUUUGAUUGAAUUUCCUUAAGCCAACUUGAAAAAAAUCAACUCUUUAACUUCACCCAGUUCAGUUUUUAAUUAGAGCAGGUGAGAUCUGCAACAAAGUGGUGUGCUGUAAUGAUCGUAUUCAGGAUGCCUGACAGCCAGCCAUGCUCUUUUCUGAGGUACCUCUCUCCCUUAUUUGUAAAGCUCUUGCCCUCAUUGAAGUGUAUGUAUCUUCUGGUUUAGUUUGAAUAGAAUACUUACUGGUCUAAUUUGGUAUGUUUUAUAUCACGUUGGAACAUAUUUGACGGUAAAAAUGUAUUCAUUAAGGUACUGCAUAUGUAGAUUCCUGCCACAAAAUGUUCCAGUAGUGUUCUUGUUUGUUUUGGCACUCUCAAAAUUUGUCUGCAUUUAAACCAUUGGCCACAAUGCCAUAUAGAAUAUGUUCCCUUAGCUAAUUAUUCUUGGUAAUCCAUUAAUAACCAGCUACCUUGAAUUGUAUAUGAAUACAAGUGGUUUAAAUGGUUUCGGUUGUCCUAAAAUAUAUAGAAACGAGUUCAUCUCAUAACAAUCUUUUGUUUUAUUCAGUUGCCUACUGUUCAGUUCCCUCUUACUAUGUAAGAGAAGACAGCCCCAUCACCGGGGUUCCAUUGACACUGGCGGUACCAUAACCUUACUGUUUAUGAAAACAAAAUUUUAACUUGUCUGUCUUGUUGAUACCAGUAUGAUCUCAGAAUAUGUGUGGGAUAUAGAAAAUGUUUGUUCUUCGAAAAGACAAAGGGUUCUGAUUUUUAAAAUCCACUCAAGUUUAGAACAGACAUAUCCCAACUUGUCCUUCUCUCAUAGAAUUGUAGAGUUGGAAGGGUCAUCUAGUCCAAACCCCUACAAUGCAGGAAUCUCAACUAAAGCAUCCAUGACAGAUGGCCAUCCAACCUCUGCUUAAAAACCUCCAAGGAGAAAGAAUCUACCACCUUCCAAGGGAAUCUGUUCCACUGUGGGAAAGUUCUUCUUGAUGUUGGUAUCUUCUUUCUUGUAACGUGAAUCCAUUGGUUCAUGUUCUGGAGCAGGAAAAAGCAAGCUGGCUCUCUUACAUAGUUUCUAAACACCAUCCAAAUUUUGUUAAGCUGCAGGGGAAGUGAUACCAUCAAUUUUGGAAGGAAAUUUCCACAUGUUGCUUAGCAAAGAGAAGGUUUCUGUUUGAUUCAGAAAUUCUACAAAGUAGUAUGAAAAUACAGUUAUGGGAGGAGCUGUGCAAUGACUGUACCUCCUACAUCUCCCCCCCUAACGUGGCAACCAUGUUGUGGCUGGCACCCACAGAACUCUCAAAAAUCCAGGUGUGCCCACUGGCCCAGAAAGGUGGUUGACCCCUAAUUUAAUCUAUACAUGGAAUUUUUUCAAUCCCAUCUCCUUUCAUGAGUAUGCAGAAUUCAUGGACUUCAGUCAGCAAACUUUAAUCUGUAUUUUAUUAUUCAUUUUAUAAAAAUCUAGAAGAAAUGUUGCAGGCUGCUACUGGCAGUAUUACUUCAUAUUCGGAAUUGCAUUGCUUUAUGGCUUAAUUAAAAAUAUUUUCACAU